CUCACAUUAUAAAAUUCUGCUUUAUGGUGUUGUAAUAGCGCGUAAUAAAUUUUAUAAAUUGCAACAAAGAGGCAUUCUGAUUGCUCACAAUAAGCUGCAUAUCAUAAGCUCAGAAUGGGAGUUGUAACGGAUCUCCUUUGCCGACUAUUCCUAUCCACAAAUUCCAUACCAGAGAUGUAUGUGCCGUGGGAUGCAUAUUACCUUGGGUCAGCCUUCAACGUCUCGUCUUUCACCGACGUUUGUCUGAAACCCGUGUGCUUUGAAUCAGAUUUAGAAACUGAUGACCUACCAAUGGACAUUGAUCGUAUUUUAACAACCUCAGAUGCCUAUGUCUGCCUGACACCUGAGUGUGUCAAAGAAGCUGCCAAGAUCUUGUCCAAUAUGGAUGACACUGUUGACCCAUGCGAUGACUUCUACCAAUUUGCCUGUGGUGGUUGGAGGGAUAGACACAGUAUUCCUGAGGAUAAGUCGUACAUUUCGGUCUUUGCGGAAACUCAGCUGGACUUGAACCUUAAACUCAAAGGUCUAUUAGAAAAAGAGCUGACUGAUAAUGAACCCGAUUUCAUUCAGAAGGUAAAAGCUAUAUAUGACUCCUGUAUGGAUAUAGAAAGCAUUGAGAAGUUGGGCAGCCAGCCACUGAAAAGGCUUCUGAAAGAUCUUGGGGGUUGGCCGGUGGUGGAAGGAGAUAAUUGGAAUGAGAGUUCUUUUGACUGGAUUCAAGCGCUUAUUCAGAUCCGCAGAAAUGGCUACAAUCAAGAUAUUUUGAUGGAUUUGUCUGUUUCGGAGAACGUAAAAAAUAACACGGUUCACACCAUAAAGUUGGGCCGUGCAGAAUUCGGGAUAGAGCGUGAAUAUUUGGUGAAAGGAUUAGAUGAUCCCGCCACAGCCGCUUUCCUCGAAAUGAUGGUGAAAGCAGCAAAUAAAUUAGGUGCAAAUAAAAGUAUCUCAGAAAAUGAACUUAAAGAAGCAUUCGAUUUCGAAGUCAUGCUUGCCAGCUUCACUUAUCCAUUGGAAAAGAGCAAGAAUACGAGUAUUGCGGAUAACAGUACUUUUUCAUUGCCAUCGAAUGAAACAUUUGAUACAAAUAAUGGGAACAGCAACACCGUUCUAUAUACCAUUCCGGAUCUUAUGGAUGAGGUACCAGAGUUCUCUUCUCCAUUGGAAAAAAGUCAGAAUACGAGUAUUGCGGAUAACAGUACUUUUUCUUUACCAUCGAAUGAAACAGACCAUACAAAUAAUGCGGGGAGCAACACCGUUCCGUAUACCGUUAAGAAGCUUAUGGAUGAGGUACCACAGAUUGACUGGCUGAGGUACUUCAAUGGAUUACUGAAUGACGAAAUCGAUGAAAAUGAAACCUUAGUUUAUCAAAAUCCAGAUUUUGUCAGCAGAUUCGCGGAUUUUAUAAAUAAAACGGAGAAGAGGGUUGUGGCUAACUACAUGAUAUGGAGGGUUGUUCACGAAUCUAUGCCUAGACUAUCGGAAGACUGGAGGAAUCUGCUCGAGGAGUUUCAUUCAGUCAUCUCGGGAAAAACAAAACAAGACCCUCGCUGGGAUACUUGUCUCUAUUCCUUCUUUUGGAAUUUAGGACUGGCUCUUGGCUACCAAUAUGUACGACAUUACUUUAAUGAGGAAAACACAGAUAGCGCUGUAGAGAUGAUUCAUUAUAUACGUAAAGAAUACUUAAAUAUGCUGGAAAGGAAUGAGUGGUUGGACGAAGACACUAAAACGCAAGCUAUAGAAAAGGCUAAUGCUAUAAUGGCAUUUGUUGGAUAUCCCAAAGAACUUAUGAAUGAUUCUAUUGUCUCCGAGUAUUAUAAAAAUUUAACUAUAGGCAAUGAAAGUUAUUUCGACAACAUGCGGAACGUAAACAGGUGGGUAACUGACGAAGCCUUCUCUCGUCUUAGGAAACCCAAUAAAAGAGGAGA